AUGAGCAGAGCCCGUCUCGCGCAUGCCAUCGUGUCGCAGGCAGAUUCACGAUCCGAAGAGAUGCGAAAGCAUAUCGAGAGCGACUUUGUUGACUACUUCGUGGAGCUGUCGAUGGAGUAUUUUAAACUGGGUUGCCGCAGCAUUGUUGUUCUGACAGAGGCUGGCUUCGAGGUAAAAACCCAGAGGGAGCUGAUACAUUUUCUUGAACAACAGGGCAUAGGGGGACUCCCCAUGAUCAACGAACGAAGUGGGUGUAUUGGUCGUUUUCACUCCAGUUCGCACAUGCUCAACUGCAUGAGCUUGCUUGGCUAUGAAGUCGCCUUCAGCAUCGGCAAAACGAUCAGGAUGAAGAGGCGGGUUCCACGCGCAUUCUUGCAGGCACAUCCCACUGCUUUGAUCUGA